GAAUUAUUUGACGCGUAUAGGUACUGAUGUAUGGUGAUAAGAAUCUGUAGAAAGUUGGACCUGAAUCUCCUCCAUACCUCUAUUUUUCGAAAACUUUUCGACGCAGGAAAAUCAUCACAGUUCACCAUGGUCGUCUCCACAACAGAGCCUCCACCUACUGAGUCAGCCACCGUUAAAGAAGGCCUUCGCGUCUUUAAACUGGUCAUGUAUAUUACGAUCUUCAUAGUCAGUGUCCUGCUGAAUAGUUUUAUGCUCUUAGCGCUGUGGAGGAAGUUUCGCCGUCACAGAAGAACUGCCAAAAGUUUUAUUAUUUUGAUGCAGAAUCUCGGCGUAUCUGGCCUCGUUCUGGUGGUAGCUUCGAUUCCAUUUGAUGCAGUGUCCCAAGACGCGGACAGCUGGCCCUUUGGAGCUGGGGGCUGCAAGAUUCUUUACCCGUUACAGACAGUUGCUUUACAGGCUAUGGUAUUCACGUACGUGGCUCUAGCUUAUCAUCGAUGGUAUGGUGUGACGAGAGACCUGUUUGGUCAAAUGAAGUUCAUCCUUGCACUUGUGCUUACAUUCGUCAUUUGGAUCUCCAGCAUCAUCAUUGUGGUCCCUUACGUCCUGAGCUUGGACUACAACUACAUCAACAAAACAUGUGACGAGUUAUGGAGCACUGAUGGCAGCCGCCAGGGAUACACCAUCUCUCUGUUCCUCUUGGAUUAUGCCCUGCCACUUAUCGCCCUGUUGGUCAUGUACGUGAUGGUCUGGGGACGAAUGCAAAGUUACAGAGUCGUGGAUCCUGAACGCGCCGCCAGGCGAGAACGUCACUGCAGAAUCAUCCGCAUGAUGGUGGCCUACGUCCUCUCGUUCGCCGUCUUUUUACUCCCUCACCAGAUCAUGUGGCUGAUCUUAGAUUUCGCAAAUGGCGAAAAGAAACUUUACUUCCGAGACGUUUUGAACAUCGUGUACAUCUUCACGUAUGCAAUAACGAUCAUAAAUCCCAUCUUGUUCUUUAUCUACAACCCAGAAUUCAAGCGCCAUUUGUUGCACUACCUCAAAUGCCAGUGCUUCGUGAGAAGAGAGUUGUUCAGUAUGGAGAAUUUGUCCGAGUCGUUUUCGGAAGAGUUCGACCCAAAGAGCCGACGUCCGAAUGGGUACCGAACGUCCAUGCCGCCGAAGUACGAGAUGAAUGAAGUGCCCAAGGAGAACAACUAUGCAUCGACGCCAAGCAUGUUACACACGGAUGGGGUAACUUUACCUCGUUAUGAUUCUGGCCUUGGAUUGGUCGAAGCUGGGCUGUUUCCGUCGGCAGUGGAUCGACUACGUACCGCAGGGAAAUACAAGGAAUCCACCCCGUCUACCUCCCCGCCGGGUUCAGAUGUGGUCAGUUACACGGAUAGGAAAGAUUCACUUGACCAAGGCAGUGAAAUGCUGUAAGUCGACAAAUGACCAUUAAUUUGUAAUUCUCCUGCCUGUCAACCAUACUAUUCGUAUAAUGUUAGUUCAGAGAAUUUAGUAUUGGAUCAACUAAUUAUCACCAAAUUUAUAUUUUUCUUUAUUCUCAUCACUCAUCUGGUUGAUAUUGUAUUGAUAUUGUUAGGAGAAAUUCUGUUUUGGUCACUCAUGGGAGUUAAGGGGUUAAACAAAUAACUUGAACAUUGAACAUUUGGUGUCUCGCUUUCGGAGUUGCGUUUGUCGCGCCAGGUAAAAAUUUUUAAAGUUCUUUUUACGAAGUCUAGGGAUUUCUCUUGACCAUUUCACUUUCAGAUGUGACCAACAAGGAAUUUCUCCUCAAAAUAUUCACGCAUUUUAAGCAGAAAGGUGACUAAGAGAAAGAAAAUAUCAACGAGGCGAUAUUGCUUCAUGUAACAUCAAACUCUCAGAACUUGAAUUAUAAGCAACAUGUGGGAAAACGGUGGAGAGAACUUUCAUUUAGAUCUCGGGAGUGAAAGGGUUAAUGUGCAUUUAGAAAAUCUGAUGUUACAAACAUACUUUCCAGGUUGUUGUUAGUAAUUUUCCUGUAAACUUUGUUCGUAUUACUGUACAGUGACUGCACUGAUGUACACAAUACAUUUUGUGGGAUAGUAACUCUUUCCUUUACACGUGAAAGAGGAGAUGUGACAAUCGUAGUUUGGAAUUGCAGAAUGAAUGUUUCCGUCGGAGGAAAGAUCCAUAGCUCAGUGUGAAACUAAAGUUGUUCUGAAAAUUUAGUCUAAAAAAACUUAGGUGUGACAUUUUUCCAUAAGCGAGUUCCAAUUACUAUCUUCUAAAACAUCAGUUAUUAUGAUGUAUUUGUUCAUUUUGAAUUUCAUUUUUCUGUGAAAAGACUAAACUCACUAAACUUUCGACAAACAAGUACGACCUCAUGUCACGUGCAGUAUCACCAAUCGUUGACUUAAAAAUAUAUUAUGAUGAUGAAAAGAUACCACUUAUUUAAUCAGUGUCGGGAAGGAGUAAUGUGAAUAGCUUGUGUAGUUUCGAAAGAGGGCACAGUGAAGUUGAAGGUAACUCACUUCGAGAGUGUAUUAUGACAUUUGAAGAGGAAGACAGUCACAUUCUUUCUGUCAUUCGUCCGGUAGCAUUAAGAGUUUGCUUUAAGUGGUUAGAGAGAAAAUUUUACUUUAGAUAGAUGUUACUUAGCUCGGAAAACAUUUCUUCGCUGUAGGCUUUAUGUAUCAAAAAAUCUUUAAUUUUAAAUUUCGCAACCAGUUGUUAAAAGAAAAACAACAACAAGUCAACGUUUGGUACUCACGAGAUAUUCCCGUGCGCAUGCUUUGCACGAGCCAUGCAGAGUUCUUCAAAACAGCGCAAAGUUUUCAACUUCUAUUCGAGUGAAAAUUGUUUCGUAAAGGUAUACAGAGAAGACAGUUUAUCUUGGACAUGAAGGUAAGAAUAAACAUGUUUUCUGUAGAGGAACUCUUAACCAUCUUUCAUGUAGCAGUUAAUUCUGAAGGAGGAACAUAAAACACUAUGGAAACUCUGCAAAGCAUGCCUUCGACUCAAUCAGUAAUACAGAUUAGAGAGGAAAGCACAGAAAUAUUUACAACGAAAAUUGUGUGAUAAUUGUGUUUGCUAACAAUUUUUGGUACCAUACUCACAUCAUUUAGUGUUAGGAUUGAGGCUCGACUUUUCAUGCGAGUCGUUCAGAUUACUCAAUAGGCCAACGCGACGCGAUUGUUUCAUGCACGUCACGGCUUCGAAUGAUUUUGAGUUUUAACUUAAUCAAAUUUCAAUUAUUAACUGUUAAAGCAAACUGUGCUACCAUUUUGCGUAGAGAAAUUUAUUUAGUGUUUUAUUUAUAUAGCUUUUUGUUCACGAGAUGUAAACACCCUUGCUAUAACACAUUGUUGUGUAAAACUUACAGUCAUUUAGCACUGACAAGCGUGCAACUUCUCCCUAAAAUAUCAGUAAAUCCUCGACAUCACUCACUAGACAGGUGAUGAGAACAUAAAACUUAUCAUCCAGAGGGUGUUAUAUUGAUCCAGCAGCAAAUUCUCUUAAAUGUACAGCACUUAAAAGGCAGAAUUUGCCGAUCAGAGUAAUUUUCAAUUGAGGGUUGCAAGACAGCCAGGAUUGCUUUGGUGUCACCUUACUUUGCUUUGUGAUUGGUCUAGGAAACUUGCGCCGCCGGCCUCUUAGCCAAUCAGAUACAACACCGAAAACGAUUGCGACCUUGUCAUUCGCAUUUUCCCGCGCUUAAAGCAGUUUCCUUGUUUUCACUUUGAAUCCUCAUUGGCUGAUGACGAUGCCAAUCUUUGUUCUGAUUGGUCGUUGUGGUACACUCGAUCAAAAAUUGUUAUAGUUCUAAGAUUUUGCUUCAACUUAUUUACAUAUACCGUAAAAAAACUACUUCACAGUAUGGGUUUUUAAAAACAUUUAUAGUAUUUCGGGGGUGAGGAGGGUUGCAAACUGUGAAACCGUAGUUUCGCCUCAUUACAAGGCGCAGUUUGUAUAUUUGCUGUUUUUAUCUCAUUUAAGGAAAUAUUAUCGCUGUUAAAUAUGUGGACUAACUGUUCCGCUACAGAUAAUAAUUAACUGGUUAUGGUUAAAAAGUUUUCUGUUACCAAACAAUAUUUAAUAGUGUGAUUUGUAAUCUUUUGUAUCACGUACUGAUUCAUAGUGGGUUUAGUAGUAAACCUUAUUAACCGCGUGUUUGGGUUGGGUUUGUGUCAAGGACGAGUUAAAUAAAUAGUUGUGGAAAAAAUA